UUUCUGUUUUUAAUUCAUUAAUUGGAAACAGAUUAUAGCAUAUGCAAUUUGUAGGGUCUCAAAUUCUCAAUCAGAUCUGCCUUCAUCAAAUUGGGUAUUGUUUGUUCGAAUCAGUCCUAGAAAUUUGAAAGAUUUUGGCUGUCUAACCGUUGGUUUAGCUUUUACAGAUAGAUCUAAUUGUAGUUAUUGGUAUUCAGGGAAUGAAAAUAGUACCGUGGGACUCUUUAGCUUGGUCCUAAACUGAGAAUCAAUUUGACUGUUUGUAUCUGCUGAACUCUUCAAUUGUUGCCCAAUGGUAUUGGUAUGCCAACUGAGCAACAGGAUUAUAUCCUGAGGGACAUAUUUUUUAGGAUUUCUUCCAAUUAUUUUAUCACAUAUUUGCUUGACAACAAAUGGAAGGUCGACCAUCAUCAACUAGUAACAUGCUGCAGGGAUGGGCGUAUGGUUGUCUAGACCUGCAAGGAUCAAUGCAACUUCAAUACGAACAAAAGCCAUGCAUGUCUGAACUUCCUUCCGGUUUUGGUUUAGUUGAGAAUGAGAGACAGGAAAACAUGGUUAUUGAGGAUGAUGUGACAAAUUAUGCUGACCAAGGCAAGCUUGAGCAGAAUGAAGUUGGUAAGAGUGACGAUGGAUCACCCUGGAAGCGCAUGAAAUGGACUGGAAAAAUGGUGAAGAUUUUGAUUACUAUUCUUUCCUACAUUGGGGAGGAUCCUUCCACUGAUUGUGUGGCUAGUCAGAGAAAAAUGUCUUCUCUUCUGAGGAAACUAGGAAAAUGGAAGUGUGUUUCGAAGGUCAUGGUUGAAAGGGGUUACCAUGUAUCGCCUCAACAAUGUGAGGACAAGUUUAAUAAUUUGAACAAAAAAUAUAGAAGACUGAAUGAUUUACUGGGAAGAGGCACUUCUUGCAAGGUUGUUGAGAACCCAAAGCUUUUGGACAUUAUAGAAGUAUCUGAGAAGGGGAAAGAAGAUGUAAGAAAAAUUUUGACUUCAAAACAUUUGUUUUUUGAAGAGAUGUGCUCAUAUCAUAAUGGCAAUCGAUUGUUUCUACCUCAUGACCCAGAUUUGCUGCAGUGUUUACUCUUAGUUCUGAAGAAUGAAGAUGAUUCUGAGCUUCAUGACUCGGGCCAGCUUGUGCUUGAUGGUACUGAUAAAAAAGGGGGAGUUCUUGCUGAAGUUGAUACAGCUGAGGAUGUUGGGGCAACAUCUGGGUGUCCAGAGUUCUUGGCGCAGUGGUUGAGACUGAUUAAUGAAAAUGAGAUUGCAGGUUUUGGGAAUACUUCAAAGCCAUUGGAUUCUAACCAAACUUUAAAUGCUCAAGGUGAUAUAGCUGAGAACAAUGGGGCGAAUUCUAGGUUUUGUGCAGUCUCUGCAAUGAGGUUGAAGCAAACAAAUGAAAAUGAAGUUGCCGGUCUUGGGAAUCCUUUUAAUCCGUGGGACUGCAACCAAAUAUUGGAUGCUCAACCAGUGUAUAAUUUAACUCAUCGUAAUCUUAGUUGCCCUGAAGGCAACGAAGCAGAUGGAUCACAGAAGCAAUGGAUGGCAUAUCGCGUGUAUCAACUUGAGAAGCAAAAGUUACAGCUAAAGUCCAAGGUUCUCAAAUUAGAGAAGCAACGGUUCAAGUGGCAGCGUGAUAGCUGGAAACAGGACUUGGAGCUGGACAAGAUGAGACUGGAAAACGAGUGUCUGAAGCUUGGGAAUGAGUGCAUGGUUAUGCAACUUAGGCGGAGAAGAAUGGAUCUUCAAAGGGAUUAAGCAGAUUACUUAGCAUAAGCGUUCAACUCUGCCAAAGUCUAUCCAUCAAAAAUUUUCUUUUUCUAACCAUGACUGCUAGCUGUUUGCAAUAGUUUCAAACAUUCUCUCUCUUUCUUGACAAGUAUAAAUAUUCUCUUGUAUCUUGCAAAUGCAUGUCCAUGUUACAUUCGGUACAAGGGUUUUGGUUUUAAAUGGUGUUUUUUUUUAACGUUUAGUGACGUUUAUAAACCUCACAAAAAAAUUUACGACGUUUACGAAAAACGCAACGCAGAGUGCCAGCUAUUCAUGCAUCACGAUAAGUAGCAGCGUUUUAAUAAAAACACUUUAAUAUUAGCGACGUUUAUAUUUGAAACGCCGUCAUUUUAGCGGCAUUUCUAUCUUUGAGACACCGCUAAAUUAGUGACAUUUUUAUGGGAAAAACAUCGUUGCUUUGUUGGCAUUUGUAGUUGAAAACGUCGCUACUUUAAAGGCAUUUAAAUAUGAAAAUGUC